AAAUUUCAAAUCUUCGAUCCCUUUUCUGUAAGCGAAAUGGGUGUUAAGAGUUUUGUUGAGGGUGGUAUCGCGUCCAUUGUCGCUGGAUGUAGCACUCACCCGCUUGAUCUGAUCAAAGUUCGGAUGCAGCUUCAGGGCGAGCAAGUCUCUGCUUCCGUUAACUCUCACCACAUUCGUAAUCUUCGUCCCGCUUUUGCUCUUCCCUCACAAUCUCCUCCAAUGGAUGCUUCUUCCUCACUUGGCAUCGCAGCCCGUGGUUCCAGAGCCGGACCCAUAUCGGUUGGUGUGCAGAUUCUUCGCUCCGAGGGUGUUUCUGCUCUGUUUUCCGGCCUCUCCGCUACCAUGCUCCGCCAAACACUCUAUUCCACCACUCGUAUGGGUCUUUACGAUGUGCUCAAGCAAAAAUGGACCGACCCAGAUAAGGGAAACUUGCCCGUGGGCCGAAAGAUUGUGGCGGGGCUUAUUGCCGGGGGGGUAGGUGCGGCCGUCGGAAACCCUGCCGAUGUGGCAAUGGUCCGGAUGCAAGCAGACGGUCGGCUGCCGGUGGCUCAGCGGCGCAGUUACAGCGGAGUGUUCGACGCGAUCACGCGCAUGUCGAAGCAGGAAGGGGUGGCUAGCUUGUGGCGCGGCUCGGCGCUGACGGUGAACCGAGCCAUGAUCGUGACGGCUUCGCAGUUGGCGUCGUACGAUCAGUUCAAGGAGAUGAUUCUGGCGAAGGGGUUGAUGAAGGACGGGCUUGGGACCCACGUGACGGCGAGUUUUGCAGCGGGGUUUGUGGCGGCCGUAGCAUCAAACCCGGUGGACGUGAUCAAGACGAGGGUGAUGAACAUGAAGGUGGAGCCAGGGGCGGCGCCACCAUACAAGGGAGCCUUAGAUUGUGCUCUUAAGACGGUGAAGGCUGAAGGGCCAAUGGCCCUUUACAAGGGAUUUAUCCCUACGAUUUCAAGGCAGGGACCUUUUACGGUGGUGCUCUUUGUGACUCUCGAACAAGUUAGGAAGCUCCUCAAGGAAUUUUGA